AUGUUCUAAAGUUGUAUUAUGUAUUCUGAACUUAAAUUAAUAAUUAUCAAAGAUUAGUGACAAAUACAUUAUUGAAUCACUAUAUCAUUAAUAUAUGUCUAGAACAAGUAGAACAUGAUUAAUUUUAUUAACAAUGUGUGUUGAUGUUUUCAGGCAAUUUAGUCGUYUGAGGAAGAUCGUAAUAAUAUUAUUAUAUACAUUUAUUUUUCAAGAAGAUAAUAAUGUCAAUGUACAAGUUAUCAUAUGAUACACUUUGAGAAAGUUUAAAACAUUUCAUAAGGUUUCGUUGUACUAUACUAAUGAAUAUUUCAGUAAUAUGAUACAUUUAUUGGUAUGUUGAGUACCUACUUACAAAGUUUCAAGUAUAUACUUUAAAUUGAGUUUUAAAUUUGAACAAAAACAUCGUUCUUUAAAAUUGUAGGUAAUAUAUACCAUCUCUGGCUUUAAAUCUAUGAAUACAAAAAUAGCCAAUGACUUUCUAAUGUUCAUCAAGUAAACAUAAUAAUAUAAUUAUACAACGCAACUUUUAUGUUAAUGUACACGAUGAUUUAUAAUACAUGAGGACUACGUACAUAUAAUAAGGAUUUAUAGGUUUUAUUAUACGUAUACAGAAUAUCUAAAUGUCUAAUGGAAUAACAGGUAUCAUAGAUUGGCACGCAUACUACCGCGGUAGCGAAUCGCGCGAUUGACCACGGUGACGUUCAAAGGUCACGUGAUGUCGUUUACGCGGUUGUAUCGGUGCUGUGGUUAAUUUUCCGCCCGCUCAUUCACACCGAUGGUUUUUGGGAAACAACAAACGUCAUGGACGACGAGAGGAGAAGUGGUAGUAAACUUUUCACGCGUCACCGGCGGGUAUUUUGUUGCCGUAGUGUUAUAAUAUUAUGUUCAGGUAUGCCGCGCGCGCGGCGUCACAUGCUGACAUGCGCGUUUGUCUGCCGGUCUUCAAGGCGCAUGUCGGGCGGCGGCGGCGGCGGCAGUCGGCCGGUCGCCCACGGACACUAUAAACUUAUUCGAUUAUCGACCGACGCCGCGACCGCCACAGCAGUCGCGCCGCACUACCAGCGUACCGCCACCAGUAGUAACGCCGUCUCCGGUUGGAACGCUCAACGCUUGGGCCAACUCGCGCCAGUUCGAUUGUGGUGUGUCUGCGUCGCGUGCAGUGCGAUCUCAUCCGCACGGUAUGACAGUGCAGGUAGCGUGAGGCAGGAAGGCAGACAGUCCGUCGUCCGUCGGUGGAAAAAAUCGUCAAAAAUCUCCGUCGUGGUUGUGCUCAACUCAGAGAAAUUAUGCGGCUGAAUUUAAACAGUACCGAAGAAUCGGAUAUAAAAGAGGAGUGCUUGGAUGGAAUUAAAGCAAAGACGGGAUUAGUACGAGUGAACGAUUCCAAUCGAGGUUCAUUAACCGUACGGUUAGUUUUGACCCUGGAAUGUCUGAAACUCCAGAAACAAGAAGUAGUCGACAAUCAUCAUUCGUCGUCAUCAUCAUCGUCCGAGGAUACUGUCGACAACUAUCAGCCAAGUCCCAACUAUUAUUUGAGAUAUGUAACUGUUACAAGAAAAAACGGUAGCCUCGGAAUAAGCGUCAAAGGGGGUCAAGAAAACAGCUUGCCGAUAUUGAUAUCGAGAAUUCCCGAAGGAGGUGCCGCUUACCACACAAAAAGGUUAUUCGUUGGAGAUGCUAUUAUAAAAGUGAACGACCAGUUGAUUACCAACGCUUGUCACGAUGCAGCUUUACGCAUUUUAAGAAAUUCUGGAGAUCACGUUACAUUAUUGGUCAAGCACUAUAAAGCUGCAGCUCCUUUUUUACUAGGAGCAAGAGGGAAUGGUAAUAAAAACAACAACAACAACAAUAACGGAGAGAGUGACACAGAAGACGGACCAUGGAUUGAUUAUCUUAUGAUACCGUUGAUGAUGGGUUAUGUAACCAGAUACGUGCAGGGUACGGACAAACUGCGGCGAAACGGUUUCGAAGUGCACGGCAUGAACGAUCUGAAUUCAACUAUCAUACAUUGCGAUAAUGUCAAAAGUUUAUCCGAGUGGGUUAAACUUAUAUCAGAAAAUAUCGCAAAUCUCUCGGAAAUACAAAUUAAGUUGUACAAUUUAAAUUUUGGUAUCAACGAAAAAAUCGAGUAUAUGGGUUGGGUGAACGAGGGCGUGCUGAACAAUAACCAUCCUUGGCAAAGUUACUGCGCAAGAUUCAUGAUAAUCAGAGGUCGUGACGUAUUGCUUUUCGACACACCCCCGAUGUCCAUUACGGAAUGGCUGGACUGUGGCGUGGUGUACAAACUGUACGAGUCYAUGUUGAGACUAGUGAAGGAUGCAGAAAAUGUGGACCAGAGGCAAAAUUGUUUUUUACUACAGACAUCCAACGGAGUGUCCCGGUACUUUUCAAUGGAAACCAAACAGGGUCUACUGGACGUGCAGUGCGCGUGGCACAGGUCGAUAUGCACAUCCAUGAUGCACAUCAAAAGCAGAACGUUCUAUGUGUUGUUUGGCAACAACCAACAGCCAUCGAACCUAAUACUGGAUUGGGACAACGGGUUCACAUUAUACGACAACUGGACGAAUUCAAACGUUUGGACGUACAAGUUUUCCGAGCUCCGUGGAUCCUCGGACGAUCACAUUUCCCGGCUAAAGCUGCACUUCAACGACAACGGCUGUAUCGAAACCAAGGUUGUAUAA